AUGCCCGAUAGUGGCAACGUAGUGCACCAUCCCCUGGUACGUGUGAGGGGAGGGGCAACAAUGCUCUUGGCCGCCCUGAUUGGCGCUCUUCCACCGCCAGCCCAGGUGGUACUUCGCAGAGCGCUUAGAGUCAUAUCCGUCAUGACCUUAGCAAAGGUGCAGCGGACUGCCGUAUUGAUGCUUGCUAGGCGGUUGCUUCUUCCUCUCAUCACUGGCGCCUUUCCAACAGCCUCCGGCGCCUUCAAGCCAGCCAAGCUGAACUCGUCAUCCGCCACACUGAUCGAAGCACUAUCGCAUGCCUUUACCGUGUACUCUCUCGCGAAGAAGCUGAUAAAGGCAGACCGGGGGGACUCGUUCGUGUUUACGGCGGCCACCGCUGCGUGUCUUUCUAGCGAAGAGGGACCCCUUUGUCGCCUCCUCGGCGCUGUGGUGGGCACCGAGGCACUAUCGCUGUCUUCGGCACUGCCCAGCGUCCCGCCUUCUGUUUCCACUGCCGCCCCACCGCGAAUGCGCUCGGCUCUGUUUUCUACCACUACGCCUGUUGCACUGAAUGCUUACCUGCGCUACGUGCACGCGCGUACGAGAGCCUCGCACGUUGCCAUUCUUGUGCCUGGGCUCCUCACCGCCCCGUGGACCACUCACCUCAUCCCCGUCUUGCGCGACGCCUUUCGCAGCCAAGGCACGACGGUCGUUGGGUACGACAUAUGCGCCGAUGCAGAGCACUACGACGUGGACCUGCGUCACUUACGCGACCUGAUCCGGCAGGUGCGCCGAAGCACAGCGAAGCCGUGCGCGUUGUCAUCCGCGUCGAGUGCAGCGUCACUAACCGGUGUGCUGGUCCUCGCCAGUGUUCGCGGCCGCAGCGUUCGCAAUGGUGAUGAGGCGUGCGUGCUCGUCAAGAUGCACGGCUGGCAGGUGGUGGAGCUGUGUGUGCCAACACUGCCGUUGGAUGCGGUGCAUGACUUGGACCCGAAGCACCGUCCGCAGUGGAUGAGAAAACGUCAGGCGCAAUGCACCACGUUGUCGGUGCGGCCGGAUGUGCGCCUAACCGCCUUCGACGACGCCGGCAUGUACGGCGGAGCGGUCGUGGAGCUGUGUAGCGACGACUCUGCCCUCCUGCUGCACAUGAAGUCUCAGUGUCAGCCAGGGCAGGUGGAAAACAGGGGCGGUGACGCGGUCUGGCAGACAAAGGCGCGCAGCUACCCCCGCCUCACUGCAACGCUUGACGCGGUCACCGGCGCCAGCAAGUUUAUCAUCAAGGUAUGGUGUCCAUGGGCGCACCGACUUUGCGCCGUCGCUUGGCAAGAGGCGGGUAUGCAGCAUCAGGGUACGGCAAUGGCGCAGGAGGCUUUAGCUAUGCUUCACCGCUUUCCCACUCAGACACUGCCGAGGGUUCCCCUAUACGCGCAAGCGCAGCUACGACGGUGGUUGUUGCGCCGCAGAGGCGGUACUGGUACGACCGACGACGAUGGGAUCUCUGGGGUCGCAUCGCACCGCGUCUCCGCUGACACACCAGUCGAAAAGCGUACCACCUAUAUAACGCACCCAGUCGCCACCGACAGCGUCCAAGGAGGCAAGAAAUCGCUCACGGUGGUGAAGAGCGAGUCGUCUGCUAGAAUAGCGGCUGCGGCUCUCACGGCACCGGAGGAAAUGAUCACCAACUGCACAAUGGAGUGGCAAAUCCGACUGCGAUGGUCCGUGUUGCUCAUGUCGCCGACCUUCUCCAGUGACAGCGCACCUCGAGUGACGAGCGACGCCGCUGGAGCCACCCGCACCUUCGCAGCGUAUCUCUCUCUGUGGUCCUUUGUCGCGCAACUGCCGCCGUGGGUAGUGGCUGUCUCGGCAGCGGACGACGGCGAAACCGCGCGAGGCGAGCGCCGAAGCAGUUGCUGCGUCGAGGCGUUCGCCACGGCACUCCUCGUGCGCGUCGCCGACCCCGCCUCCCCUCGGGCAACUGCCGAGCUCCUGCGGAAUGAGGCUCUAGUCGAGGCGGCAGCAGUGCGUCCGCGCGCAUGGGACUCCUUGGCGACCGCACGUGAUGCAAGUGGGGUCGAGGUACUGCGAUUCGAGGACGCAGUUGUAUUUCCGGGAUGUGCCCAAGCAACUCGGCUUAGCGAGGAGUUGUUGUACCUCCCCUUGUCACCGGACCUGCCAGUUAGCGUGCGAGCUGCAAUGCUGCGUCUGCUGUGGGACGAGGUGCCACACGCCGGAGGCGCCGCCAGUGAGUCUGUACACUCGCGACAGCCUGGGUGCAGCAGAGCCGCUGGUGCGCUAUCGGCUCACGUGCAGGCAACAAUGAACUCCAUUUACCGAGCAUAUCUUCCCCAAGCACAACGGGGGCACGACGGUAAGGCUCUGCCUUCGUCAGCUAGCGGCAGCAACACGCUCCCCAGCGCCAUCGCCCAGAGCCACAGCCGCGAAGGCGUUAUUUCGGCGCAGGAUGCAACGCGAGUGGAGCAGUUCUUGUUCGACGGCGUAUCCUCCUCCUCCUCCGUUGCUUCGCCACUUUCAGCAGGAGCGAUCCUGAAGUCUAUCGCACAAACCUUCAUCCCAGCGUUGGGGUCAAACCUUUGA